AUGGUUGAAGACGUGGCGUUGAAUGAUGGAUUGCCUUGGGUGGAGAAAUACAGACCUGCUACUUUAGACGACGUGUAUGGCCAGAAUGAAGUUGUCGGUACGGUUCGUAGGUUCAUUGAAGAAGGUCAAUUACCACAUCUAUUAUUCUACGGACCCCCUGGUACAGGUAAGACUUCUACAGUGGUAGCGUUAGCGAGGGAAAUUUACGGUAAGAAUUAUUCCAAUAUGGUUUUGGAGUUAAAUGCUUCCGACGAUAGAGGAAUUGACGUGGUUAGAAACCAGAUCAAGGAUUUUGCCUCAACAAGACAGAUAUUUUCGAAAGGCUUUAAGCUGAUUAUUCUAGAUGAAGCAGAUGCCAUGACCAACGCUGCACAGAAUGCAUUGCGGCGAAUUAUCGAGAAAUACACCAAAAACACAAGGUUUUGUAUCCUGGCCAAUUAUGCCCAUAAACUGACACCCGCACUUUUAAGUAGAUGCACGAGGUUCAGGUUCCAGCCUUUACCUACAGAGGCGUUAGAACGUCGAAUGAACAAAGUAUUGAGCAACGAGCAUCUGAAAAUGACUACGAGUGCCAAGGAGGCUUUGUUAAAGCUCUCUCGUGGUGACAUGAGACGUGUGUUGAACGUAUUACAGGCUUGCAAAGCCACUCUGGAUAAGCCCUUAGAAGAAGAAAUCACAGACGAUACAAUCUACGACUGCUGUGGAGCCCCAAGGCCAGCCGAUCUCGAAACAAUCUUAGAAUCCAUCUUGAAGGACGACUGGACCACUGCUUACUACACUUUGAACCGGGUGCGCGGCGCGAAAGGUCUAGCACUGAUAGAUCUUAUCGAAGGCUUUGUCGACAUUCUUGAAUCCUACGAGCUCAAGAGCCAAGAGGCGAGAAUCUCAAUGCUUACCCAACUGAGUGACAUUGAGUAUGCAAUUUCCCGAGGAGGUAACGACAGGAUACAGGGAAGUGCAGUGAUCGGCGUUAUCAAGAACGGAUUCGAGAUUGAAGCUGCGAAAAGCUGA